AAGAUACAAAAGGAAGUAAUGCAGCAGCUAAGAGGAGCAGAAUCAAGAGCACAGAUAAGAAGCAGAGCACAGAUAAGAAGCUGAGCUCCAAUCAGUUUGUACAAUAAAUGACAACAAGCAUAAUAGAUAGAAACGGCAUGUAGUUUUUAGUUUCACAUAUGUAUUUAACUUAGCAUGUGACAGGCACGUGUAUCAGUUUGGUUAAAUCUGUUAGAUUGCUAGUUAGUUAGUUACUGGUAGAGAGAAAGAUUAGUUACAGCUGGUUCAGUUACAGCUUUGGUGUAUAUAUACCUAUCUGAUUGUAUUAGUUGAUAAUUCAAUUCAUUUUCAAUGAAAUAGAGUUUCAUUCUCCAGAACUCUCCUCUGUUUUCUAUUAUGGUAUCAGAGCAGCUAGCACAGUUUUACUGAUUUCCUAGCUUUUUCUUUUCCUUUCCUUGAUUCUAGAAGUUUCUUUUCUCUCCAAAUCAGAAAAUUUUCCCGAGAAAAUUUUCUCCUUUUCUCUUCGAUUCUGAGAAAUUUUUCUUGAGAGAUCUCCCUAUUUUUGAUUUUGAAACGUUUUCUUGUUUUUUCUUCGAUUCUGAGCAAUCUUUUCUUGCUUCCACCUAAUUCCUUCGUUUCAAUUUCUUCUUCUUCAAAAGCUAGGUUUUACUUUCCAAAGCUUCGUCAAUGGCGUCUUCUAAUCAAGCAUCUACAAGCAUUACCAUUGAUGAAUCACAUCCCUUUUUCCUUCACCACGCUGAGAGCCCUGGUGCGAUUCUUGUAUCUCAGUCACUGAUUGGAGGAGAAAACUACGCUACAUGGGCACGAUCCAUGGAGAGAGCUCUUAGAAUCAAAAAUAAAUUUUGGUUAAUUGAUGGCUCUGCUUCUCUGACUUCUGCCAUGGAGAAAGUUCCUCUUCUUGUUCAAAGCUGGUCUCGGUGCAAUGAAAUUGUGGUUUCUUGGAUCAUCAACUGUGUUUCCCCUAAGAUUGCAACUAGUAUGGUGUAUCGGAGAACUGCCAAGGAAGUUUGGAAGAAGCUUCAAAACAUGUUCUCUCAAGGCAAUGGACCUAGGGUUUAUCAAUUGCAGAAAGAUCUUGCUAGCAUUUCUCAAGGGGAACUCAUUGUGAGUGAUUAUUUUACCAACCUCUCAAUCUUGUGGGAUGAGAUACAGAACUAUGAACCACUUCCUCUUUGCUCUUGUGAGAAGUGUGUGUGCCAUGUGAAUGAAAAGAUCUCCAAUCUUCAUCACAGAGAAGCAAUUAUGCAGCUUCUAAUGGGUCUCAAUGAUUCAUUCUCUCACAUUCGAGGUCAAAUUCUGUUGAUGGAUCCCAUUCCUUCUGUUGACAAAGUAUACUCUUUGUUGGUUCAAGAUGAAAGGCAGAGGUCAGUUGGACAUAGCAACAAUGGUCCUUUUGUUGAAUCCACAGCCCUUGUAGCCAAAACAAUGAAUUUUGGUUCUGGUUUUAAGACUUUCAAGAAAGGAAAGGAAAGGCCUACUUGCAGCCAUUGUGGAUUGCUUGGUCAUACCGUGGAAAAAUGCUACAAAAUCCAUGGAUAUCCUCCUGGAUAUAAAACCAAAGCAAGGGCAAACCAGGUCUCUUCCCUUGAUUUUGUUCAAGAUUCUGUUGCAACACCAACUCCACAACAUUUUCCUUUCACAAUGGAGCAAUGCCAGAAACUGCUUGCUAUGAUUGGAGGGUCUGAUUCUCAGAAUAGUCCAAUUGCUAUGGCCAACAGUGUUUCCUCCAACAAAGCUUCUACCUAUCAUUCAACUCCUUUGGCAGGACCUUUCUUGUUGGAGGACGAUUGGAGUGGGUGAAGUCCAACAUGGUCUGUAUUUGCUGCAGAACAGUACUCAUAGGACUUCACCUUCUCUGUCAGAUUACCUCUCCACCAACAAGCUUCCCAAGUCAGUUUUUU